GUCGUGAUAGUUUAGUACUUUGAACUCUUUGUUUUGAACAUACGUGACAUACUUUGAACUCUUUAACUCUGUCCAAACAUGUUUGGAAUGAGCUGCUUUCUGUCAAAAAUCAGCAUCAAAAGUUGAUUUCCAUGCAGCCAUAAAUGAGAAGUUUUCAUAGACAAAGAAGUUACGUCUGGUCUGCAUCAACUGCAUGUUUCUGAUUUCAAUAAAAACCGCGGUUCAUUACAAUACCAAACAACGUCACCCGCGUGUCGUUAAUAGGUCACGAGAUAUUUGGAUCUGUCGUUACAAGUUGUAUUUUGCAUGAUAGCUGUAUGCUCGACGCAAUAAAUCUGUGCUCGGAUGAUUCUGAAGCUGCAAGUUAUACUUCAUUGUCUCAGAGAGGUUUGGAUAUUCAGGAUCGUAUCUAUCUAACGACAAACGCUUAUAUACUAUUAGCCGUUUUAGUGCAAAGAAAUCACAGCUGAUCAAGAAUGGCGACAUCAGGACAAUAUAAGGUUAAGGCAUCGAGCAAAGAGUUACCUGAUGAAGAAGACGGACAGAACCGGGUUGUUCCAGAGGGAACACAUAAGCCAAAAAAGAAAGGAUUCUUUGGAAAGUCCGGAAAGUCUGACAGCAAAACUAAAGAGAAAGAUGUUAAGAAGGAUACUAAAGGCAAAGAAGAACUAGCUCAGGGUGCCGAGAAAUCCAAGGAUAAGAAAUCUGAAAAGUCAGAAGGAAAAAAAGAAGACAAGAAAGAGCACAAGAAAGACAAAAGUUCAAAACACGAGGAAAAGAAAAGGGACGAGUCUGGAAAACAUAAAAAGGAACACAAGAAAGAUACCAAGAAGGAAGAAAAAAAAGAGAAGGCAUCAAAGUCGAAACAUGACAGCGAUGACAAGAAACAGUCGUCGAAGGAAGCUGGAACUGAAAGCAAAAAGAAAAAAAAGGAAGAAGCAAACGUUGACGAGGGGGAGAGCCACGAGAAAAAACACAAGAAGAAAUUCCACCUGUUCAAGAAAGGAAAGAAACAUGGUAAAGGUGGCAAUGAACCAGCACACCUUGCUCCAAACGCGGGUGACGACCACGCGGAUGACGACCACGCGGAUGACGACCACGCGAGCGGUCCCCACUCUCCUGAAAAAGUUAACGUGGAUUUGAACGUCUCUGAAACAGUACAAGACGAUGAAAGCAUCCCAGAAACCACUCCUGCUGAUGAUGAGGCUAAACAGCAAAGCCUUGCUGCCAUCGCCGAAGAAAAUGAAAAAAAAGUCGAGAGUAAAAAAACAGCGGAAGACAACUCCGAGGUUCAAACUUCCGUGAUAGUCGAAACAUCCGAGGUAAAAAAACCGGAGAUGGAAGUCCAUGAAGUUGAAAAAACCGAUGCUCAAAGCAGCGAAACAGACGAUCAUGAGGAAGAAAAAGUCGAGGUACAAGAACUCGAGGUACCAAAACCGGAGGUACAAAAUAUGGAAGUUGAAGAUGAGAUGGUAGAAAACCCCGAUGAUGUGGUUUUAGACACAGAUAAGCCGGAGGAUUCUCCAGAGGUGACGCUGCCAAUUGCUGUCACAAAUAUGGAAGUAGAUGAGCCAGUCUUGGAGGAUGUUAUUGCUCCUCAGGAAGAAACAACCGUAGAAAUCUCACCUGAAAUGGAGACAGAUGACAAUAAGAGUGUUGAUACAAGUGAAGAAAAGAUCGAGGAUGAUGCCCACGACAUAACAAUCCGCCAGGAGGAUCUCUUAUUGCUUCAGGGAGACGAAACUGAGACGAAACAACUCGACACAGACGAAAAGCAAGCGCAAGAUGAAGGAGUUGUUGAGAAUGAAUGCGAGCUGGAUGAACCUGAAACAUUUCACGACAAACCGGGAAGUGACGAAGUGAAAUCAAACGAUGAAAACACGGAGGAAGAGCAUCCAAAACCACAAGAGGAAGAUGAUAUGUCGAAACCAAAGGAAGAAAGUCCCAAAGAGAAAGAGGAAAGUCCUGAACAUGAGGAAAUUGCCCCUGAAAGAGAAAGUGACAGUUCAGAUAACGAGAAAGUCGGUUCAGAACAGGAAGAGGUCAGUCCGAAAAACGACCAAGACACUCCUGAACUUGGAGAGAUCAGUCCGAAAAACGACCAAGACAGUCCUGAACUUGGAGAGGUCAGUCUUAAACAAGGGACGGACAGUUCUAAUCUGGAAGGAGACGAUUCCUCAAAGCAAGAUGUAAUGUCGACGGAAGAGGAUCAAGCAGAUGAUGACAAACUGGAAGUAAAGGAAUAUGAUGUCAUUUCCAGCGCAGAAACAGAAGACGUGAAGGUCAGCGUACAUCAAGGAGACGAUAGUAGCUAUCUGAAUCUGGCCAAUCAAAACGAAGAAAAAUCCGACAUGAAAGUUCAUCGGCGAAACAAGUCCAGCGGCUUGAAAUCCCGUGAAGCAUCGGUGGAAAGAUCCAUCAACCAUACGAAACGUCGUACAAUCCUCGGACUUAAAAUGAACUGUUGUGUUAUUUUGUAGUUGGAGGAUUAUCUAGUUUAUCUGGUCAAACUGAGGAUUAGAGUUUGCAGAAUUUACAGAGUUUUCAGAUGAACAUGUUUCUCUUAAAACAGGGAACAAGUUUCAUAAGAUUUGACUGCAUGACUGUCUAGAAAUUGAUCUAUGCCAACCUUUAAAACAGGGCAUGCUGUUUAACAGCGUAAUCAACUCUCAUUCUCGUUUGACUGGUAUCUUAAACAUAAACACCAGAAAUAUUUUAUCGAGGUCAAUUAAGUUACCACAUUGUCUUCACUCGAAAAUACUGAGUCAGUUUCACAUUUUUAAUAAGUUAUUACCAGGGGAAUGAAGACUUUUGAAACAUGUAAAUGUAGGUUUUCUAAUAGUUUUUUAGGGCCAUAAGGACCAUGAGUAUUUAUCAUAUAGUAAUCAUGAGUAUUUAUCAUAUAUCAUCUUUCUCUUUAGUUUGUAAGCUGGAUUUCUAUAUUCACCGAAUAGUGUUUUUCUUCGUUGUAUUGCAUUGUUGUUGUUUUAUUGUAAGUAUUUAAAAACAGUUGAGAAAACACUAUCCGGUGGAUAACCAACGCGAACCAGCCUUCGUACAAUUUUGGGUUCAUUUUAGCAACUUGUAACAAGUUUACAAAUUACAACAAGCUUAUCUUAGAAGUUGUCAAUUAAUGUUGGCUUGAUCAAUGUUUAAACGCAUUGCAAUAAGGUAUAAAUAUUCAGAACUGAAGUAAAAAACAUUGAUUAUAGACUAUUUGACGUAAAACAGUUGAAGGAUAUAAUAUAAUGCGUUGAACUGAUGCGCUUUCAAAAUAUAUCCUACCAACCUAGAGCUUGCAACGGGAAAUAUGCGAGCGCCUUUUGGACAACCAGAGUCCUAAAUUGGUGUAAAAAAACUAAAGCUAACUUAUUUUAGAAAAAAAAUACCAAAUUUGUAUCCCACUGCGCUUGUGAGAAUAGUUCAGUGCACGUUACUUGUACAUUUGAAAGUCUGGCGGUAAUUUAAAUAUUUAUAAU